CAAAAAUGCCGACACAGAAGCCGACUUCUUCUUCGGAUGCGUCAAGGCUGAGCAGACGCUCAAGGUCCCACGUUACCGCUCUCCUUCCGCGAAUCUGUGCGACGCAAACGGGUCGGUUCGAAAGGCCUGAACGUUCGGAACACCGGUCCAGAAACGUUUGUAGCCUGAAGGCAACAUGAAAAAGGGGAACUUGAACACCAACAUGGCCCCCAGUGGUUUCGAUUCGACUCACCAGAGGCUCGUCUCUCGCCUCAUCCAGCGCGGAAGGGGCUCUGUCACCCCCCGAACUGCGCACCAUCAUCAUCUUCAGCAGACUUUUAUUUUUGGAACGGUUCGUGAGAAUGACUUCCGGGGUGUCCACGGCCAGUCGGACCUUGUUUUUAGCAGCGCCUGAAAGAUGACAGUGGGGACAAAUGGAUGGGCCAUAAACGCACCAUCACUGGACGGAAAGAACCAAGAGUGAAGGGAUGAUCUUAGGUGGCAAAUACAGGUCAGAAGCUCAGUGGAUGAAUGGCCUCCAGAUAGUCUGUGUCGAGUGGUUUGUGUUGGUUUAAUAGCCGGCGGUUGCUGUGCAUUGUUUCACCUUCCUCACACAGAACCGCUGUGUCCCGCUCAUACCUGCCAUCUUUGGCUGUUGCUCGGGUGGCGACAUGGCUCCAGACACCCUGGUACGACCCGGGAUCAGUGCAGAAGGUUCAGUGUGGCCACCUCCAGCGUGAAGCGCUGGUGAGCUUCUUGAACUGCAAGCUCAAGGAACCUUAGUUUGACCUUCUUUCUUCUUCAUCCCUUCACUGAGACAAGCAGCGUUACAACCGGCAAAUACUUGUUUUCAGAUGUUUAUUUUGGCGUGAUUUAAUACGCCCAUUCUUGGUUGUUUAGUGGAAUGCAGUCGCCCCUUUAGACAUCCAUUGUUCGUCUGUGUUCUCCAGUUCAGUAGGUUCAGAGUCACUGUCGAACGUGACCCGUGUCACAAGGUUUUUUGGUUCUUCAUGUGAAAGUACAAAUGAAGUUUUGCUUCAGGUCACUGAGGGACUUCAUUCCCCCGAUUGGUGCUGGAGGGGGAACUGCUCCGAUAUCUUUCCAUCUGGCCACAUCAUUGUUGCUGCACCAAUGUAAGGUAGGACGCCUGACGUUCAGGGUCCACAGCGUCGAAUGCUGCGCUGAGAUCGAACAGAGGAGCCGUGUGUCCUGAUCAAAACCAGACUGGAAUUUCUCAAAACAAGAGUUAUGAUGCGUGAAUUCGACAGCUUCCUCAGCUAAGAGCAGUGGUUGAGAGAUGGCGCUGAGUGGAGAGUGGAGGUCGGAUCACUGCAUGUUUAAAAGCUGCCGGCAGGAGACUGAUUAAGAAUUGAUAAAAUGCUGGAACCAGCAACAUGAAAACUCUCUUUUAAGAAGCGUGUGGGAAGCACCUCGAGGCUGCCUCUGCACUGGUUUGGGGUUCAUUUCAUAUUGUUAUGUAACAAAUCAUUUUUAAAUUGUAAUUUGAUUUGUUUGUCUUGCAUCCGUGACUUGAAGGUCCCUACCUUCACCUUGCUUUAGUCUUCUCAUCCUCCUGGAUUUUUUCAUGUUCCGUAGUAGUUGGUUUUUGUCCAGGGAGGCAGAUGCUCGCAGCCAAACAUUGAGAAAACGCUUCAUAACCAGUGACACAUAUUGUCUGUGUGAAAAGAAAGACAGGAGAAGUAGGUGAAGGCCGGUCUCUAGUGGAAAGCAUCAGUCAGCGUCAUCCAGGGUUCGCCCUGAUGCAGCGUGUUUGGUGCUUACUCAGCGCCCAGAGUGCCAGCUGAACCAUGGGGGCACUCAGGAGGGAAGUGCCUUGCUCAGGGGCACGGCGACGUCUGGAGCUGGGGUCCACACCUUCCACCUUCUUUUCUGUGAACAACCACAGCCAUUGUGUUUGCUUGAAUCCACUUUUCUGCUCCUCAAAUGUUGUAGAUUCCACGAAUCUAAACCUGACACAUGUCCUCAACCUCACGGCAGCAGUUUUGUUUUUUUUUUUUUUGUCCAGUCUGAGCUCCAGUGAACAUGGCUCCCAGGUGCAGGAGACUCUUGAGUGUUUCAGCAUGCGAGACAUUCCGUGGAGUCGGUGCUGCUCCGAGACGGAUGACUCAAACUGUGCCACAUGACAUCAUGUGAAGCCAGCCUUGUUCGGCGGCUCUAAUGCUUCUCAGGUGGAGUGACCGCGGCGUAGCGGAGACACAGGGAACUCUCACCCGUCCCCUUCAGUGGUGAGGGUGGACAAUUGGGGCUCAUACCCAGCAGGUAGAUUGUGUGGUGAUCUGAUGGAGUGGAUGACAAAAGGUCUUUUGUAAGGCCAGUCAUCCUGAGUUGUGUUUGUUAGCCCCAGGCGCCAUGUGACCAUCAGGUCAGGCCAGACGGUUGACCCUCUUUAGAAGGUCCUAGUCAGCCCGUCUCUGUGGCGUAGGCUGGUCUAAAGCCUCCAGGAAUAGUUCUGUUACUAUCUUUCUUAGAGCACGAUGUCGAAGUGGAGCCACCAUUGGCAAAAGAGCCAUCGUGGUUGAGUUCUCACAGGCCGUCGAAGCACGCUGACCAUCACAGGUUUACUCCAUGGAGAACAUGUCGGUUAACAGUGUGGCGUCUGGUUAGAUGCUUGAUCUUUCUCAUCCUGCAGUAUUACACUAAGACAACAACAGGGUUCUCAGCUGAGCACACCAGCAAACAUGCCUCAGUUGUUUGGGUCAAACACUGGUCGAUGCUGAAGAUUUCCUCCAAAAAGACGUUCGCUUUUCUUCCAUCACAAACCAGUAUUGCACCUUGUACGGUAACAAGUUUACUGAGGUCUAAUUUGCCUUGAUAGUGUCAACACAACUGUGUUGGUAGAAGGUUGGUAAAACUCUUGCGAGUGUUUCCGUUUGCAUACUGUUAUCUUGUUUGGUGAACAGGCGCUGAAUGUGUGGGCUUUCCAGUUUAACGCCUUGUAUGUUGACUUGUCAGCCAAGAUUGAAAAGUGAGGCUCUGUUCAUGGAAAAUUCUGCUUCAACCACAUUUGUCCUCGGACUUUAUCAUAGGGAAGAACAGUGCGAUGAAAGUAGUGAGGCCUCCACUUGAGUUGGUUCUGUGGCGGAGCUCCGAUCACUUUGAGCUAUUGAAAUGAAGUGAAGGGCUCUGCAUUUGUUCCAUGUCCCGUCAAAACAGCGCAGAACAUCAGACAAUUGGACAUACUGCAGCGAGGUUUCUCCCACGUUUCCCUGUGCGCCUCACCUCCUUCCUACGUGUCUCUCACUCGGUUCCUCCUCUUGAAGCCAUCAACGCUCACGUUCUUCUGACAGCCUUGUCAUGGUACUGGUGCCAUCAUCAUCAUCACUGGAGCACUGACCUUGAAUUUCAUUUCUUCUAGCUGGAAUAAUAGCCAAGAACAGAGAGGUAGGAAGCAUCCAGAGCAGUGCAACUGCUGUGUAUUAGUCAGGAGUAGGGGUGUAAUAAAGUAUCAACACAGUCAAAUAUCACAGUAACCGAUGGCAUGAUACUAUCUGAAGUACUCUGAGUGUUAGAAAUACUGUGUAUACUGACACCAAAGUCCCAUGAAACUAGUGCCAGCAGUGAUUCAGAGCUAUAGUUUGAGACGCUCCACCAAGAGAAAUGAUGAUGUUUUAGGUAAACUCACGCGUCAAAAACACAAAGGCAAUAUUCUAAAAUAAUCUGGUGUGGUAUGGCCCGAGGGAUAUUCGCAGUAUCUUUAAUGUCACCAUACUACGGUGCAGCUAACAUGUAAGUAUGUAGGAGAGCAAGGUACACGUUGAAGAGAGCCAGCAACAAUGAUCAAAUUCAAGGAGACCCUUCUGCGGGUUUCUCAUUUUAAUAACGCAACACUGCUUGUUUGUUCCCAUGAGCUGUAGUUGACAUGUGUUUGUCUUCCCCCUUGUUUCAGAGGCCUUACAUGUUCCUAUAUUCCAGUCUUUUUUUUAAAUUCAGAAUAUUUUUCUUGAGUAUCAGGUAGUGCCACUAUCCAAGACGCAUGGAUUUCGACGGAGGCAGGUGGAAUUAUUUUGGGGCGAGGUGGUGAUCUCUCCACCACUGACUUUCCUUCCGCUGAUCUUGCCAUCACUUGUCACUCGUGUGAAGACAAUCCUCUUAGCGUGUUCUCUUUCUGGGCCACUGGCCGUCUCCACGUUGGAACUGCCGUCCCUGCUUCCUGCCUGUGCGAUAUCCUCUUGCGUUUCUUUGUCCGCUACAUGGCAGGGUCUCUCCUUUUGAACACAUCCCCCUCUCCACAUUUUAAUGACUGCAGCCGGCAGCUAGGGGGUUAAUGUUUAGCAGCGGCGGCGGCGGCAGCGGAGGCAGCCGUGGUAGGAGGAGGGGGAGUCGCUGGUGAGGUGGGGGCUGGUCCACAGCUGUUGUAGGAGGCAGGGUCUAUGGGAAUAGGAAACCACCCUCCCCUCGUCCUGGAACAAUGGGAGACAUGGCAGCCUGUGCAGGCAGCAGAGGCACGGACUCCAGACACGAAUGCUCAAGGGCAGGCCGAGUGUAGCGGCAGCGCAGAGCAGGCCGGCCUCCUCGCCACAGCAGGAGGAACAUCAUCCCCUCAGCCGGGAGGCUGAAGUGUUCUUCGGUGGAGGCUCUCAUUUGAUCCAUCUCAGAUGACUGGAUAACAGAGGAGGAGGAGGACCAGGAGGAAGGUAAGGCCACAGAGAUGAAAAACAUGGCUGAUGAGAUGGAACAGAGAAUGUGUGAUGAAGACUUCGGCUCCACCGAAGACGGCGAGGAGGCAGACCAGGAGUCUUAUCUGGACGACAACAGCAGCGAGCUGAUGGACCGGCUGAAGGAGCUGGAGGCAGAGAAUUCAGCCCUGAUGUUGGCGAACGAGAACCAGAGAGAAGCUUACGAGAGAUGUUUGGAUGAGGUGGCUAAUCACGUGGUCCAAGCGCUGCUCAAUCAGAAGGAUCUGAGGGAGGAGUGCAUCAAGCUGAAGAUGCUGGUGUUCGACCUGGAGAGGCAGAACCGAGCGCUGUGUGAGCUCUUUCAGCAGAAACUGCCCAACCACCCCACCGCUCACUACCAGUGCCCGGCGGGGUCCAUUCCAGAGUACAAUUCACAGGUGCACAAGGACUCUAGCAAGCAGGCGGUGGUUGGACCGACUGAAGCACAGGCCAAGGGCAAUGGCUACCCCGCACAACACGCCUUCCCUGGUCCCCGAGGCUCCGCAGCUUCCAUGGAGGCAUUGUCUCCCUUCUUCAAGAAAAAAGCACAUAUCUUGGAGGUUCUACGCAAGAUGGAGGAGACCGACCCUCUGAAGUUCCAUCCGUCCACCGGGGGUUUGCCUUUCUGUGACUACAGCCAGGUGCUAAUGUCCACCGAGGCGGUCCUGGCCUCGGCGGAGCCCCCUGCAGGCCAGUACAAAGCCCAGAUGCCCCACUGCCUCUGCUCCUGCUCGGACCCGCCGCAGCGCGUCAACGGUGACGGAGCCGUGAGGUGCGAGGGCGCCAACACCUGCUGUUUACACUGCAAGAAGAGCCCCGGCAGCCAUGUCUGUAGUCCGCCCUCCACCGACUGUCCCAGUGUGAGCAGAGCGGCGGAGUCUGUUCCCAGCAUGGCGAGUGAAAGCCACACAGCGGACCCUCCUGUCGUCACGUCGGUUCCCGCCAUGGUGAGAGCCAAACAGGAGCAUGUCUCCGAGGAGCUGACCGGCUUCAGUCCUUCCUCCUCCGCACCCUCAGACUGUGACUCUAAGACCAGUGAUGGAGCGGUCCAGGCUCCUUCACGCUCCUCCAUGGACAGCUCCUCAGAGAGAGACGUUGCUGACCCGUCCACUGCCUCCAUCAGCCCCAGCCCCUCCUGCCUCAUCGACGUCAAAACUGUGGCCAUUCAUUCUCCGUCCAAACUGCUCAAGUUCUUGAAGAUUCCCUCCAUCGGGGAGAAGCCCGGGGCCGUGGCCCCUGCCGCGCGGCUGAGUCCGCAGCUCACACGCAGCUCCCGCAUUCCCUGUCGCACCAACAACUACGAGGUUUACCACUCGCCAGUCCCCACACGGAGGGCCACCACCACAGAGAGGUGCAGGCAGCCUCCUCCUCCACCCUCCAGGUCCGAGUCCUACCCAGCCACCCACUCGGCGCCCACCUCCCCCCCACAGACAGAGGACAUCUGCCCACUUCCUGCUCAGGACAUCAGCUACAGCAACCUCUCCGCACCCAAACUCACCCCCGGCACCAAGAUGGCCGCUCCUUCCUCACAUCCUCAGUCAUCUUCCCGGGGAUCUCAGAAGGUCCCCGAGUAUGAAAACGUGGAGGACCGGCCCAACAGAACCAGAGUGCCAGAACCGACCCAAGUUCCUGAGAAAAGGGCAAGCGCCUCCUCACAGACAAAAGCCGGCGGUGGUGAGAGGAAGUUGAUAAAGUCGCUGCCAGAAAGUGUUCUGACGCAGAAACAUUCCUCUUCAUCCACGUCAGAGUCUUCCUCCGAUGAUGAAGAGGACUCGGACGGUCCAGUGUGGGUGAACCAUCAGAGCCUCCCAAGCAAGCCUCAGAGCAGCCUGUCUUACCCGCGAGCCAGAGAGCAGCCGGACGUGGAAGCCAGCGAGGCCGGGAGGAAGAUCCCGGAGGCCGUACAGCCUCCGCCUCCACCAAGACGAAGUGAGUCCUCCUCCAUUCCCAAGAGGCCGGCGCACGGAGCCGCCAGGGCUCAGCCAGACUCCAGUCACCAUGCUUUUAAAGACAGACUGGCCGCUCUGAGCAAGCUGAGGAGCUCCGAGGACUUGCAGGGGGGUUCACGGCCGGCGGACCCUGCAGGUGAAGCAGGUGUGGACGGCAGUGAGGAGCAGAGUAGGACAGGUGAGCCGCAGAAGGCGUCGCAGCCCGCUGCUCUGCUCAAGCAGGAAGCUAGUGUGGUGAAGACGGAAAGUUCCAAGAGCAGAGUGGUGCUGCCAUCUCCCUCCACUGACACAGCACCGGGGUCACGCAACAACAUCAAGUGUCCCGCCUCCUUAAAUCUGGCCCAGAAUGUGAAGGUGGGCAACAGCCCCAGUAGAGUCACGCCCAAGUCCCCGUCCAAAGCCUGCCUGGCUCCUGCUGUCCACAGAGCCACCAAGCCCCCAGAAGCGCCACGCUACUCCUCCAGGUCCGAGGAGAGAACCAAGGCGGCUGGCAAAGGCAAGAAGAACCCCAUGUACGGAGACAGUCUUCCAUCUCCUCCACCCAGACCCCCUGCAGCGGAGGUGGAGAAGGAGCCGCGGCCGGCGACCAGCCCGCACUCCGCCAUCGAGCAGAAGGUGAUGAAGGGCAUCGAGGAGAACAUGCUGAAGCUGCAGGAGCAGGACAGAGGGGCGCAGGGCAGUGAGGUCAAGCACAAGGCCUCCAACGGCAUCGCCAGCUGGUUCGGGCUGAAGAAGAGCAAGCUCCCGGCGCUGAGCAGGAAGACGGACGCCACCAAAGGCAAGGAGGAGAAGAAGGAGUGGAAGAUCAACAUUCCCUCCGUGGGGAGAGACUCUGCCAAGGUCGCCGCCCGCUGCAGAGAAGGGGUGGAGGGCCUCAACAUUUCCACUCUGAUGGAGAAGGCCGAGGGCCUGAGGAGGGCUCUGGAGGAGGAGCGCGCCUACGUGGAGAGGUCGGGCCGAGGUCACUCCUGCGAGGUGGUGCUGGACCAGACCCAGGGGCAGCUGGCCGUCAUGUAUCGAGGGGCUCACUCGGACAACAACUUCAUGCAGCAGUUGCUCAACAGAGUGGAUGGAAAGGAAGUGAUCAGUCUGCCUCAGCGCCGCUUCUCAUUCGACUACAAGACCUCCAAACCGGUUUUCAACAGUCACGCCAGCAGCCGCGAUGACAUGGAGAGGGGAUCCGAGAGGGUCGGGAAGGUCACGUCCGAGGAGAGCAUGGCAGACUCGGUUCACUCUCAGCACUUUGCAGGCUCCGGUGCUUCCACUUACACCCUGGACAGCGGCAUCGGCACCUUCCCACUCCCGGUCUGCAGUGGUGCCGCUGGCCGAGGAAUGUCCAAGUCCAGGACCGAGCCCGACUCCUCCCACUCCCCCGCCAGGGCCGGCAGACGAGCCCGGACUCUGGACCGGGAGCCCACGCCACAGGACGAGGUGUACAGCGCCUCGCAGAAACAGCUGGUUCCCACCAUCCAGUACGGCUCCAUGCUGGAGGGGCGGGGCUCCUCGGCCAUCAUCCAUGAGGAUCCAGAGCUCCACGGCGCAAACAUGUUCUCGCCUCGCUCCAAGACCUGGACUUUCCCCAACCUGGAGGCCCCGGCAGGACCGGCAGACGUGUACCUGGCUGUGGAGGAGGAGGAGGUGGUGGAGGAGUCUGUUGCCUUUGGAUCGCCGUAUCGCGCUAAUUUGAAGCAGAGCGGAGCCUCCUCGAACCGGAGCGCGGAGCCGGGCAGCCUGCCGCUCCCGCCCCAUUCAGCGAUGAGCCGCAGGGGGAAGAGCCGCACCCCCAGUGAAGCCGGACUGGAGCUGCUGAGAGAGCGGCCCGAGGAGGCGCUGUCACCCAGCAGGCCUCACAACCUGGAGACCCCCGAGUCGCUCAGUGACUCGCUGUACGACAGCCUGUCGUCCUGCGGGAGCCAGGGCUGACGCCGACCCCAGGCAGACACUUCGCUCAGGAUUCCCGUUCAAACUUGAAACCAAAGUCCACCCUUUUCCCCAAGACUGUGGACUUGGUUGAUAGACAAAAACACACACAAAAAAAAACCCCACGCAUGAGUAUUUACCGUCAGCACAAGACUCACUUCUCACUCUGCUCCUCUUCGUGGCUCCGCCGCCACGUGGAGCUCGUGAAUGUUCAUUUCAUCUGUCAUGUAGGAACCACGCUGAUCAUGUGACUAUUGUUUGAGCGACCGAAGGAAGAAUGUGGGAAGCGUUGAAAGGUAAUAUAUUACCAGCAAUAACAACACGGACGAAACUGAAGUCAGUACAAAUGUAUUUCUAUUAUUUAUUUAUUUCUUUGUUUUUGGUCAAAUCCAUGUGUAAAAAAAAAACCAACAGACUCAUUCUGUCUAAAUCUUUUUUUUUUCUUUCUUAGUCCUGGCGUUUUACAACUUUCUAAUUAAAAUCUCCCUGAUUUAC